CUCUUUUCCUCUUCCCCACUGAGCCCAAACAGGAAACUCCACAAGAGGCUCAGGCUGAGCUCAUCUGCGGCAGUAGCCAAGGAGUGGAGUGAGGUAGCUCGCUCUGUGAGCAGAAAACAAUGGAGACGAUGGCGGCGGCUCCCGCGCCGCAGCAAAGGACGGGGGGCAUCGCGCGGAGGCUGGCCAGGCUGCUCCGCCGCAAGAGCUCCCCGGCAGGUGCGGGGAUGGCGUACUCCGUCGCCGGGGACGAGUUCGACGACUCGCUUGACAGCUCAAUCAACUCGCUCAGCAAGCUCAAGCUGUCCGGCAACCUGGCUGCUGCCUACACGCUGGACGCCAUCUUCAAGAAUGCCACGGAGAAGAAGGCAGCGGCGGCGGCGCCGCAGACGCAGAAGCAGCCGUCGCCGGCGAAGGACGCCGCGAAGCACGCGUUCUUGGCGACCCUAUUCGCGAGGGCGUCCGCGGUGAAGGCGGCCUACGCGCAGCUGCAGCUCUCGCUGCAUCCCUACGACGCCGAGUCCAUCCAGGCCGCGGACGCCGGCCUGGUGGCAGAGCUUACCAAGCUGACGAGCCUCAAGCGGCGGUACACAAGGGACCCGGCCGCCGCGGCCAGGGGCGCCGGUGCCCUCGCGGCGCACGCCGACGAGCAGCUCCACCUCCUGCGGACCUACGAGAUCACGGCGCGCAAGCUGGAGGCGGAGCUCCGUGCGCGGGACGCCGAGGCCGAGCGCGCACGCGCCGCGCUGGCCGACGAGCUCCGCGCCGUGCGGGGCCUGGAGGAGCGCGACCACCCGGGCCGCCGCACCCUGGACGGCCUCCACCUCUCCGGCCUCAACGCCACCCACUUCCUCACCGCGCUGCAACACGCCGUGAAGUCCGUCCGCGCCUUCGCCAGGGCAAUGGUCGACGCGAUGCGGCCGGCCGGUUGGGAUCCCGCGGCGGCGGCGGCGGCGGCCGUGCACCCGGGCGCCAGGCUGUGGGACCCCGCAGGCGACGCCAGGUUCGCGCUCGAGUCCUACGUGGCGCUGAGGAUGUUCGCGGGCUUCCACCGCAAGGACUUGGGCCUGAGCUCCCUGCACGGGCGGGGCUCCCACGACCGGCGCCGCUUCUUCCAGGAGUUCGCGGAGGCGAGGGCCGCGGCUGCGGCGGAUCAGCUCCAGGACGCGAGCGACGCGCGGUGGGAUGCGCUCCGGGAGUUCCUGCGGGACAGGUACGUGUCCGUGGUGCACGAGAGCAUGGAGGCGGCCUUCUUCGGGCGCGGCGGGGACGCGCUGCCGCGCGCCGCGUGGCUCCGCGAGUUCGCGGAGAUGGCGCGCCGCGUGUGGCUGCUGCACUGCCUGUUCUGGGCGUUCGACGGCGCCGCGUCCGUCUUCCAGGCGCGCCCUGGGGAGCGGUUCUCGGAGGUGUUCAUGGUGAGCGUCCGCGACGCGGACGCCGGCAGGAGCGGGCACGUCUCCGUCGGGUUCACCGUGGUGCCGGGGUUCAAGCUCGGCGCGACGGUGAUACAAUGCCGGGUAUACCUUUCACACCCGGAGCGCCGUCCCUGAGGACCGUCACACUUGGGCGGCCUUGUCGCACACCGGCACACGAGGGAGGCGGUGGGGUUUAAGGGUGGCAGGCAGGCAGCAAUGACCCCUGUGCAAUUUGUUAUGUUUAUGUAUGUAUGGAUGGAUCCAAGUAUAUGUAUCUAGUAUGAGCAUUCC